CUCUCUGUCUCGAAGUGAGAAACAUUCGUUCGGGGUCGUUUGUAAAGGUACUGGAGAUAGACAACCCGGGAGCGCCGAAUGCGGAGGGAGCACGCCUGCUUCGGGCAAAGCACAGGACAGGCGGGCAGCAGGGGAGAACACGGGAAGCGGGGGUCGUACCGACGCUACCGGCUCUGAUCCUGACGCUCUCCCGGCGCGUAGGCUGGUGUGGUUCGACAGGUCGGGUCGCCUACUCGCUUGCCCCUCUCUCUCUCUUGUUGAAUCCCGAAAAUCCCGAAAGAGCGCGCGGGACUUUCGGAGAGAGAGAGCGGAGAGCGCCGCCGUGAGAAGGUUAAGCGAGGCAUGGGUCCCUUUGGAGGGCCGCACGGGCGAGCGAUGUUCCUGGAGACAACGCGACAAGGACCAGAACCAUGCUCUCGACGCGAGGCUCUUAGACCAGGUUUAGCAGGGAAGUCGACAAGUCGAUGGGAGAGCAGGAGGGGAGGAGGAGCACGGGCAACACGGGAUCGAGGAGGGAGGGCAGCUGAGAGAAGCGCGAAAGGGUUGGGCGCCGCUGCGGGGAGUCGAUUGCGAAGUGGGUGGAGGAGGGGGCGAGCGCUGGCUGGGACGGCGUUCGUGUCGGCUAUGACCUUGAGUCAAGCCUCUGGCACGGGAGCGGGAGGAUUCUUGAGAAGUGGAGUAGCGAGGAUAGCACAGGCUGGGAUCGGCCAUGUCGCGCGGAGAUUGGGUGCAUGUUCAUCAGACUCGGACUGCCAGGGCUCCGAUGCGGACAUGGAGGCCUUGGACAAUGAGGGAAAGACCAUCUUUUGCGACCCUGCUUGCGAGGACACAGGCACCGACAUCUUCGGGGGAACCUGGUGCAAUCACUUCGGUCUGGAGGGGUGCCGUGCUUGCGACGUCUACAACUGCGAGGCGUCUUCGGGGCCGUGCGUCCCCUGCAGCGGAGAGCUACCCGAGGAAACCACGCCGGCGCCGCUUGAGGAAGGGUCGACCCUUGCUCCUGUAUCCCCGGGGGAAACGGAUCCCCCGUUCCCGAUCGGUGAGACCCUGAACAGGGCUCUUCCCUUCUUGCUGCAACCGCGCAAGUUACAGUCUGGCAAGUGUGAGAGGUUGGGGUUGCGAUGGUAGGUAAGGUUUCUUUUUUUUCUUUUUUUGUUCGUGUUUGUUUUGUCAACGCGCGAGAAGAAAACGACGCCUUGGCGGAGCAGGAGAGUUUGUUUUCGUGUCUGGAAACCCCGGGAAUGGAUUCUGGACAUCCCCUGGUGACCGACCCCACACUCUCACGCAAACACUUUGGAGAGCGAGAGGAAGAGAGACUGGAGACGUGGUUCCGCACUGGUCUGGAUGCCGCGUGGAAGUCGAGGGUAAAGGUGAACGACAAGGUUUGUGCCGCGAUUCGGCCGUGGCCCGCACGUGCGAGGAUCUAGGGGGAGU